AGCCCGCCUGUUUCAUCGGCUGUCAGGAAUCACAUAACCGGAAUUGGAUUCCAAGGAGGAGGAAAUGAAAAUGAAAUGGCUGUGUUUUGUGCUCGGCUGCCUCUGGAAUCGAAAAUAAAAGCCCACAAGAAUUCCAUCUGCUUCAGUUGUUCGUUUGGCCCAGUGGGCUUCCCAUCACUCAAUUACGUCACCGACGCCCACGAGUGCUCCUCUCCUCUCGCUCCAGUGAUCUAGCCAUGGCCGCCGCCGGCUGCUUCCGCCUGGGCCAGCGCGUCCACGCCGUUGGCGACCCCCGCCGCGUCGGCACGGUGCGCUACCUGGGACCAGUCGAGGGUCACGCCGGCGACUGGGUCGGCGUCGACUGGGACGCCGGCGCCGGCGGCCGACACGACGGCUCGGUUGCCGGCCGCCGCUACUUCGUCGCUGCGGGCGAGUGCUCGGCCUCCUUCGCGCGCCCCACCGCGCUUACUAAAGGAAUCACGCUCCCUGACGCGCUCCGCCUCCGCUACCGUGUCGAGGACUUCACCAAAGAGGAGGAGGAUGAAAUGUAUGUCUUCUCAACAAGUCAGAAGCGUGUGUCGGUUGAAUUCGUUGGGAAGAACAAAGUUCAGGAGAAGCUCAAGAACUUCAAUGAGUUGUCCAGUGCAUCCGUUUCCUACAUGGGAGUAAGCUCAAUUGGACCACCGGAUGAACUGAAGAAUUUGGUUCCAAAUCUCAGGCUACUUGAUUUAACUGGAAAUCUGCUCUCACAGUGGCAAGAUAUAUCUUCUCUUUGUCAAGCUCUGGCAUCCCUGGAAGUUCUUAAUUUGACAAACAAUACCAUGGAGAAUGAUGUUGUAGAAAGUCCAAUUCUUGAGAAUAUCCGUAUUUUGGUUCUCAACAACUGUGGUGUAACAUGGGAACUGGUUGAGAAUAUUAAAGUCUCGUUUGCAUGUCUCAAUGAACUUCACUUGAUGUUGAACAAGCUGAAGUUGAUCAUGACCCCAGAUGGAAAAUUUGUGCAAGGUUUCAAUACACUGUGCGUCUUAAAUUUAGAAGAUAAUCACAUUGAUUCAUGGGAUGAAAUUGUGAAACUUUCUUACUUAAGAAGUUUGGAGCAACUCUAUUUGAAUAAAAACAGGCUAAAGAAUAUAAAGUAUCCAUCUCCUCCUGGACCUCUCGGUGAUGCAGCUGUUGUGCCAUUUGAAAAUUUGCAAGUCCUUUUGCUAGGAUCUAAUGAAAUAGAUGACUUCCCUUCUGUGGAUUCACUUAACCUCUUCCCAAGUUUAAGGGAUGUCAGGCUUUCUGAUAAUCCUGUAGCUGAUCCUGCCAAGGGUGGUGCUCCUCGAUUUGUGCUUGUUGCUCGACUCAGAGAAGUGAAGAUACUAAAUGGCAGUGAGAUAAGUCCACGUGAACGGAGGGAAGCAGAAAUACGAUAUGUCCGCCUUGUCAUGGGAAAAACAGAAUCAAAUGAUCCAGAAGAGAUCAAACGGCUGCACCCUAGAUUUUCUGAGCUCAAGGCCAUUCAUGGUAUUGAAGAUGAGAAGCCAACUUCAAGUACAUCGGGCCCGCAAAAGAUGGCUUUUGGCCUUAUAAGUAUCACCUUGAAAUGUGUGGGGCCGUCUAUGGGUGAAAAGCAACCAUUGACAAAGAAACUGCCUCCUACAACAACUGUCGGGAAGUUGAAAUCUUUGUGUGAGAGCUUCUUUAAACUGAAGGACAUAAAAGUGAGACUGUUUGUCGAGGAAGAGGGUUGCCCUCUACCACAACCUCUGGAGGAAGACACGGCCUCUCUGAUGGAACUUGGGAUCGGUUCGGGAGCAAGCAUUAUUGUGGACGAAGAGAGCUAGCCAGUCGUCUUCAGAGAACCCGUCAACUAUAUUUUGCAAACUACACUUGUGAAUGCUUUAAGAGUUCCAAAAAUGCUCUUCCUUGUUCUCUGAGCAAAUUAAAUGUGCACUUGGUGAAAUUCAUGUUGUGUAAAUUAACAUUGUAAUAACAUUGUGAAGACGGUGAAAUUCAUGUUGUGUAAACUGAAGGUCACAAAUUCCAUUCAAAAGCA